AGGCAACCCAACGUAGAAUAUCUUUAAGAAAAUUCUGUUUCAUAAACAGACAAGACUUUAUAUUUAAGACCAAUGCUAUACCCCAUACGGGAAACGGCCAAACUCGGGGAACUCUCACUACAAAAAAUUUGUCUGAAAGCGAACAUGGAGAAGAUAGAGCACACCAUCGUGACCACCAACGGCAUAAAGAUGCACGUGGCAUCCGUUGGUUCAGGUCCUGUUAUCCUUUUCUUGCACGGCUUUCCUGAGCUUUGGUACUCCUGGCGCCACCAGCUUCUUUCCCUGUCAUGCCUUGGGUAUCGUUGCAUGGCUCCCGAUCUUCGUGGGUUCGGUGACACCGAUUCUCCGCCCUCGGCGGAUUCAUACACCAUAUUCCACAUCGUGGGGGAUCUCGUAGGCCUCCUCGACUCGCUCGACAUUGACCGCGUGUUUUUGGUGGGACAUGAUUGGGGUGCGGUGAUUGCUUGGUAUUUUUGCCAGUUUCGGCCUGAUAGAGUCAAAUGUUUGGUCAACAUGAGCGUGGCGUAUCAGCCUAGGCACCCCAAGGUGAAGACCGUGGAAGGGUUCAGGGCUUUGUUUGGUGACGAUUAUUAUAUUUGCAGGUUCCAGGAGCCUGGGGUGAUCGAAGAAGACUUUGCUCAGAUGGAUACUGCAAAGCUUAUGAAGAAAAUUCUUACAUCUCGCUGUCCACGUCCACCUUGUAUACCUAAAGAAAUAGGGGUCAGAGGGUUGCCUGAUCCUCCAGCCUUGCCCUCUUGGCUUUCAGAAGAAGACAUCAAUUACUUUGCUAGCAAAUUUAAUGAGAAGGGAUUCACUGGAGGACUUAACUAUUAUCGAGCUUUAGAUCUAAGUUGGGAACUGAUGGCACCAUGGACUGGAUUACAAAUCAAUGUACCAGUUAAAUUCAUCGUGGGGGACCUGGACAUUACCUAUCACAUCCCUGGUGUCAAGGAAUAUAUACACAAUGGUGGCUUCAAGAAAGAUGUGCCUUUCUUGCAGGAAGUAGUUGUCAUGGAAGGAGUAGCACACUUUCUCAACCAAGAAAAACCUGAGGAGAUUAGCACACACAUUUAUGACUUCAUUAAGAAAUUCUGAUUAAUGUCUACUUUGGAAUGUGAUUUACCUUGAAGUUCUGACUCUAAAAUAACGAAUAAGAGGAUGCGAUGCACCUGCUUAAUUGUAUUUUUUGCUUUCCUUGUUUUCUUCCUACUGGUGGAAUUAGUAUUGAUGCAGUGCAGACUGCUUUGUUUAUCUUUAUGGAACUCGGGUUUGGAAA